AAAAAGAUUUUUAACUAUGCGGUCUGGGUCCAAUAAUUUGUUACAGCUUGCCCAGAGAUUGGGAGUUGAUUGAUUGAAACGCGGAUGGCCAAAGUCUCCGCUUCUUCUUCUUCUCCUUCUUCUUCUUCUUCAGCAACAGUCUCCAAAGACUUGCCUUCCCAGUAUGCGGAUGCAGCCGAAGGUUUUCUGGUUGACACGGGAAUCUCCGCCUCCUUCUCUGACAAGUACUAUUCUAAGGACUUGUAUUCUGAUCUCAUUCGCUCUCUGCUAAAGACUGAUCAGGUCCGACGUGGCCACGUCUCCUGCGUCUUCUCCGUCCCACCAGCCGUUACCAAUAUUUACAAUGGAUUAUUCGGAGGGGCUAUUGGAGCUAUAGCAGAAAGAGUGGCAAUUGCUUGUGCUAGAACUGUCGUGGCCCAGGAUAAGGAACUCUUUCCUGGUGAAUUGAGUAUGUCUUAUCUCUCAGCCGCACCUCAAACUCUUCUCAGGAAGUUGUGGUUGUUGAUGGGUCUGUUGCGAGGAGUGGCAGAAACAUAACUGUAGUUGCAAUUGAGUUCAGAAUCAAGAAAAACAGGAAGCUGGUGUAUACUGCUCGUGCUACCUUAUAUCACAUGCCCGUCGCCAAGUUAUGAAAUUUCAGUGGUUUGGUAAAUUGUAUCAUUUGCUCUGUGAUGGCUUCCCAGGACAUCCUGAUAUAAUCUAGUUGAUUCGAGUAAUGAAUUGUUAGUUUAUAUGAUUUAUAUGAAUAUUUACAUUGUGGUUAUGUAUGCAAAAUCCUGGUUCGUGAGGGGAUUUUCUUAUAAAAGAAACACUUUUUGAGAA